AUGAAGUGUGAAAUUAUAAAAAUUAUAUUCAUUGCCAGUUUGGUGAUCUUCCUGGGACAACAAGUUACCGCUCAGUUCCUCGAGCCGGAAUGCGGGGCUCUAAGAAUUUCAAAGAGACUGGUAAAUGGGACAGAUGCGGAGAAAGGACUAUAUCCCUGGAUGGCAUUCAUACACAGGGGAAAACACUUAGUCUGUGGCGGGACUCUCAUUACUCACUGGUUUGUCCUGACAGCGGCACAUUGCAUUGCUAAAACAAAGGGACUUAAAGUCAGCUUGGGUGUGCACAACAGCAAUGAUCUACAUUCCUCCAGGAUUUACAAGGUAGACAGGUUCUUGAAGCACUGGAGUUAUGUUAGGUCUUCGGAAGGCAGCGACAUAGGCUUGUUGAAGCUGGCAAGAAAGGUGGAGUUCACAGCUAACAUCAGACCCAUCUGCAUUUUAACAGACUCAAAAAUAAAGGUGGACCGAGUUUCUUGGUUUUUGGCAAUUGGCUGGGGCAAAACCGAACCAGAUGGCGAUACGAGUAAUAUCCUCCAAACCAAAAUCAUUGAGAGGAGAGACAAGAGCGAGUGCGACUGCCUCGAUUCGCAGAUAUGCACGGUGGCCGAAAGCGGAACCAUUUGUUAUGGAGACUCCGGUGGACCCGUGGUCUUGGAGCUUAAGAUCAAACAAAAGAGUCGCUACGUCCAGCUCGGUGUCAGCAGCUAUGUCACGGAUCAUUGCAGUAAACAUGGUGUUUUCACAGAUAUCCUGAGUCACAGCAUAACUGUUCGCCUGGGCGAAUACGACCGAAAGACCCAUGGGGACGACUGUCAGGGUGAGCGCUGUCAGGGUCCUGCCGAGGAGUACGAGAUAGAAAGGGGAUUCCGGAGUCGCCUAUACAAUACAGAUGAUCAGUCCAAUGACAUAGCCAUGUUCAAGCUGGCCAGGAGGGUGGAGUACAAACCUCACAUUCGACCCAUUUGCAUUUUCAUGGACCCGCGGAUGAAGGAAAAGAUUGAUAGGGUCACCUGGUUCACUGCCACCGGUUGGGGCAAGGACAGUGCGUCUGGCCAGACGACCCAAAUCCUUCAGACCUUGGCUAUUAAACGACAGAAUCCCCAAGAGUGCAUCAAUAUGUUCGGCCGGGCAGUGGGCCCCAACCAGAUCUGUAUUGGCAAUGAAUACAGUAAUGUCUGCAAUGGCGACUCGGGCGGACCCGUGGGCAGAAUGAUGCUCUAUGAGGGCCGGCGUCGAUUCUUUCAGCUGGGCAUUAACAGCUACGCGAACAGGCAGUGCAAGCAUCUCAGCGUCUUAACGGACGUUGUAAGCCAUCAUGAGUUUAUCCAAAAAGUUUUGGACUACCAUAAUCCUGUGCAGCUGCGAACUAUGAGACCGGGGAGAGGGAAAAUGCCUACGUUUGUUUAUACUUUGUAA